CUAGCCGUGGCCGCGCCUUCCCCAGCUUGCGGCUUUGGCUCCGCCCCUUAUGCUCCGGGACUGGACGGGAGAGUUCGGCUACGGGGGAAGGAUUGCUGUGCGGGGGUUCGCGGCCUAUCCUCUUUACCUCCAGCAGCUGCCGACAGGUUAAUUUAUCUGGGAUGUACUUUUGCCCUUCAAAUAGGGUUGAUUAACAAACCGCUUCUGGAUUUCUAAUGCCAUGGCUACAGGACUGAAAAAUGUUGGCAAUGCGUUUGGUGGUCCAUCACCUUCAAAAACCUUCCAGAGCACACCUACUGUUGUAGUUGAUGACGACGAUGAUGUCGUUUUCAUUGAACCUGUUCAGGUUCCUCAGUCUGCCCCACCUCCUGCAUCAAGAAGUACAGGAUUUCCUCAAUCUCUGAAUGAAAAUCACAGGGCAGAACUAAAAUCACACACUUCCAGUAAAGAUGCAGAUUCUGGCAAGGGAACUAUCAGCGAGACGAUCAUCAUUGAUGAUGAGGAAGAACCUGAGCCCAUUCGUGUGCCAGAGAAAAAUGCUUCCAGUUUUAGUAAUCCCAGACUUAUGGACUCCAACAGGCCUAUUGCAGAUUUUGCAUCGGCAUCUACUUUCCCGCGAAACAAACCAAAUACUGGGAUUGUAAAUUCUGGUAUUACUACUGAGCCCGACUCUGAAAUACAGAUUGCAAAUGUCACCACUUUAGAUGCCGGAUUGGGUACUGUAGGUGAUGGUGCUCUUCAGAGUAAUGAGGGGAGAGAUAUGAAUCUGAUGAUCACUCAUGUGACCUCUCUGCAGAACCCUGGCCUGGGUGAGGUGCCGAAUGGAUUACAAGGACCUAAUUUUGGUGGCCAUGUCCAAACCUAUCCAUCUCCACUUACCUCACAGAACAAGCCCACAACAGGACCUUAUAAUCCAGGACGAAUAAAUGUUGGUGGUGAUGUUUUUCAAAAUGGUGAAUCUACAACUCAUCAUACUUCUGAUGCCUGGCUAUCUCAGUCGGCUUCAUUUCCACGAAAUCAGCAGUCAGGUGUGACUACCAUGUCACCAGUAGCUUCUCUUCCAAAACAAGUUUUACAGCAGCCUCCACCAUCACAGCAGCCUUCAAAAGCUGUUAAGGUGACAUGUGCAAACUGCAAGAAGCCACUUCAGAAAGGGCAGACUGCAUAUCAGCGCAAAGGAUCCACUCACUUGUUCUGUUCCACGUCUUGCUUAUCAUCUUUUUCACAGAAGCCAGCUCCAAAGAAGCUCUGCACUAUGUGUAAAAAAGAUAUUACAACAAUGAAAGGGACAAUAGUUGCUCAAGUUGAUUCAAGUGAAUCCUUCCAGGAAUUUUGUAGUACCUAUUGUUUAUCGGUUUAUGAGGACAAGCAGAAUUCUGCCAAAAAUCAAAACAAAUCAAGAUGCACUAUAUGUGGCAAAUUAACAGAGAUUCGCCAUGAAGUUAGCUUUAAAAACAUGACUCAUAAAUUGUGCAGUGAUCACUGCUUCAAUCGCUAUAGGAUGGCCAACGGUCUGAUCAUGAAUUGUUGCGAACACUGUGGAGAAUACCUACCAAGCAAAGGCGCCGGAAGCAAUGUUCUCAUGAUAGAUGGCCAGUGGAAGAGGUUCUGCAGCCCAGCCUGCCUCAGUGAUUUUAAGCUGAAACAUGGAAAGCUAACCAGCUGCACAGGAUGCAAAACUCAAUGUAGAAUCUUUGACAUGACUCAGUGCAUUGGAAUAAAUGGACAUAUGGAGCCAUAUUGUUCAACAACGUGCAUGAACAAUCACAAGGCAAAAUUUGCAAAGCCACAGCCGCCGCCACCACCACCUCCACCUCCACCUCCAGUUCAGACUCUCCUUCCUACUCCAAGUAAGUCUGCGGGAAUAAUUUGUCAUUUUUGUAAAAGGAACACCUUACCUCAGUAUCAAGCCACAAUGCCUGAUGGAAAACUCUACAAUUUUUGUAGCUCUGAAUGUGUAGCCAAGUUCCAGACUCUCAGCAUUCAGUCUUCUACAAAUGGCCAGCAUGUCAGCAGCGAUAUUCAGUUAAAAUGCAAUUACUGUAAAAAUAUGUUUUCUACUAAGCCAGCAACCCUGGACUGGGAGAAAAAGAUGUACCAGUUCUGCAGCCCUAUAUGUUGUGAUGAUUUUAAGAAGCUGCACUGCAUCGUUACAUACUGUGAAUACUGUCAGGAGGAAAAAACUCUGCAUGACACCGUGAAAUUUUCUGGCGUUAAGAAGCCUUUCUGCAGUGAAGGUUGUAAGCUACUCUAUAAACAGGACUUUGCAAAACGGUUGGGAUUGAAAUGCGUGACCUGCAACUACUGCUUCCAGAUGUGCAAGAGAGGGGCAUCUAAGGAGUUUGAUGGCAAGCUGCGGGACUUCUGCACUGAGGAAUGCAGUAGAAAGUUUCACGACUGGUAUUAUAAGGCAGCCAGGUGUGACUGCUGUAGAACUCAAGGAACACUUAAGGAGAAAGUACAGUGGCGUGGAUUGAUAAAGAAUUUCUGUGACCAGCAGUGCUUACUCCGUUUCUACCUCCAGCAAAAUGAGCCCAACAUGACGACACAGAAAGGCCCAGAGAACAUGUAUCUAGACCAAGGAGUUCAAGCCUCACGGCACAGACCAAUGGGUAUAAACUGUACUCCUGCAGCACCUAAAGACAUGAAGAAUAAGGCAGUCUUGUGCAAGCCACUAUCGAUGACAAAGGCCACCUACUGCAAACCGCACAUGCAGGCGAAGACUUGCCAGACAGAGGAGGAUCCUAACACAAAGUAUGUUCCAGUGCCUAUUCCAGUUCCAGUGUAUGUGCCGGUGCCUAUGAAUCUUUACAGUCAAAAUGUACCUGCUCCCACAGCAAUACCUAUCCCUGUUCCUAUUCCUAUUUUUGUGCCAUGUGAUUGGGACAAAAUUAAAGAAUUAAAUGAAGAAUUUAGGCUGAAAAACUUACACCAAGACAUGAACCUAAAGGAAGAAGAGGAUCUAAAAGUUGAACUGGAAAAGCAGGAGGACACACAGGAUUCCAUGUCAUUUAAGGAUGAAGACUUGGAAGAAGAGGAAAAAUUAAAGGUAGAAGAUCAGGGGGGCAGUAAAGUGACGUGGGAUACACUGGUAGAAGAUGAAAGUGAGCUUAAAGAAGAUGAUGACAUUUUGAAAGAGGAAGUAAAGGAAGAAGAUCAAGUCCUGGAUAUAGAAGAUCCUAUAACUGAUGAAAAGGAAUUGUGUGAUACUGAUGAAAUACAACCAGAUGAAUCCAAAAACUGCAGUGUCGACAGCCCCGCAAGCUUACCAGAUAUGCCAUAUGAGCCAGAACUAGACAUUGAAGAUGAUUUUCCUAGAGCUGCUGAAGAACUUGAUACAGAAAGCGAGUUUCUUUUGCCUUCUGUUUUUGGGGAGGAGUAUGAAGUGCAACCAAAACCCAAACCACUUAAAAAGGGACCGAAGAGGAAGGCAGUUUUGGAUGACGGCUCUCUUCCUAAAAACUCUGAGUGUGCGUUUCCUCUCAAAUUUUGCUAUGGUGUCAGUGCUUGGAAGCAUUGGGUUAAAACUACUCCUCAAGAAGAGCUUGGCGAAACAGUGAAGUUAAAAGAGAAUCUUCUGGAGCAUACAGCGAGUGAGCUCAGUUAUGGGCUAUCACGGUUUGUGAAGGCGGUUCGAAGGCCGAAUGGGGACAGCUAUUCACCAGAUAGCAUCUAUUAUUUGUGUUUAGGGAUUCAGGAGUUCCUGUUUAGCAACAAGAGAACGGAUAACAUAUUUAGCAAUCCCGAGUAUCUGGAGUUUGGAAAAGAAUUUAAUAUUAUCCUUAGAAGCUGGCAGCCGAGUAUUCUUCCUGAUGGCUCAAUGUUCUCCAGAGUUGAAGAGGACUAUUUGUGGCAAACAAACCAGCUUGGAUCCCAUUCUGCAAUGACUCUACUUUUCACCCUCUGCUACUUCAAUACUAAGUAUUUUAAUCUGAGGACCGUAGAUCAGCACUUAAGACUUUCCUUUGGUACAAUUUUAAAACAGUGGAAAGGAAAUCCCUUAACACAAGAAAGAAAAGCUUGCCUCCAGUACCAAGUGUCUUCAUUAUGUGAAAGCGACAAUGAAGAUAAAGCUAGCUCUGGAAAAAGGAAACAUGAGGAUGAUGAACCAUUAUAUGAACAGAUUGAAAACACAGCUGACCCAUCUCGUUGUCCUGUGAAAAUGUUUGAAUACUAUCUUUCUAAAAGUCCCUCAAAUCUUGAUCAGAGAAUGGAUUUAUUUUACUUGAAUCCAGAAAGCUCCUCUACUUCCGAAUCCCUCCUGUGGUUCACAUCCUCUUCGCUGGAUCGAAACACUUUGGAAAACAUGCUACUACGGGUUUUACUAGUCAAGGAUAUUUAUGACAAGAACAGUUAUGAACUGGAUGACGACACAGACUAAAAAUUGCAAGUCCCUUAAGCAGUCACAAGAAAGGAAAUAAACAGCAUUAGAUAGCCAAGCUGCUAGAAUGAAUUACUGAGAACUAAGAGUAAAAACAUUUCAUGUUUACUCCCCAUGUAUUUUAUGAGUUUUGUAGCAGUGUACCCGAUUUGGGUAUUAUAAUGUAAAUAUCUGUGUGACAUUUGCAUUUUCCUGGUAGUGAAUUUUAGGAGACAUAACACACACACAACUCGUUGUUUUUUUUAUUAUUUAUUUGAACUUAGGGAUGUUUGUAACUUUUUACAUGACCAGAUCUGAAUGAGAAUGUGCCAUGUAUACUUGCUUUAUCUCCAUAUUGCACAAUUCUGCUGUCGAACGCUUUCUG